UCCAAAACCAUUCUAAAACCCACCUGUCUAGCGUCUGCAGAAGGAGCUUCUUCUAUGGCGGUGUGUCCUCUUCUCAUUUCUCCGCCAUGCCAAGUCUCCCCCAAAUUCAGCCCUUUCCAAUUCAUUCACUGUGCUAUCAUAUACGGAUCCAAUGCCGUUUCAUCCACGCCAAGAAGAGUUGCGGCUAUCUCUGGAAGAAGUAGUAGCACCGCCGCAUCUCGAGCAGCCUCUGCCGCCGCAGUAGCUCCUUCGCCCCAGGUUUACGCUGGGGAAGAAGACCUCGACCUCGCCGUCAACAUCGCCGACGAUGUAACCCAGUUGAUUGGGCAAACACCAAUGAUAUAUCUCAACAAAGUUACAAAUGGCUGUGUGGCAAAUAUUGCUGCAAAACUAGAAUCUAUGGAGCCUUUCCGAAGUGUCAAGGAUAGAGUUGGUUAUUGUAUGAUAUCUGAUGCAGAAGAAAGUGGGGCAAUUUCUCCUGGGAAGAGCAUAUUAGUUGAACCGACUAGUGGAAAUACAGGACUGGGUAUUGCAUUCGUUGCAGCAACUAAAGGGUACAAAACCAUUCUCACCAUGCCUGCAUCCAUUAAUCUUGAAAGACGGCUCCUUCUGCGUGCACUUGGAGCAGAGAUUGUUUUGACAGACCCAGAAAAAGGAGUAAAAGGAGCUGUUGAUAAAGCUGAAGAAAUUGUUCUGAGCACUCCAAAUGCAUAUAUGCUGAAACAGUUUGACAAUAUGGCAAAUGCAAAGAUCCACUUUGAAACCACGGGCCCAGAAAUAUGGGAGGAUACCAGGGGCAGUGUUGAUGUCUUUAUUGCAGGAAUUGGAACUGGUGGUACCAUCACUGGCAGCGGACGCUACUUGAAAAUGAUGAAAAAAGAUAUUAAGGUAAUUGGAGUGGAACCUGCAGAGAGGAAUGUAAUAUCUGGAGAAAACCCAGGUAGUUAUAUCCCAAGUAUAUUGGAUAUUAAUUUACUUGAUGAGGUUUUAAAGGUUACCAAUGAUGAAGCUGUUGAAAUGGCAAGAAGGUUGGCUUUGGAGGAAGGUUUGCUGGUUGGAAUAUCGUCGGGAGCUGCAGCUGCUGCUGCCAUAAGCCUUGCAAAGAGACCUGAAAAUGCUGGAAAGCUAAUUGUGGUUGUAUUUCCAAGCUUUGGUGAGAGGUAUAUUUCUACUGUUCUUUUUCGUUCUAUUCAUGAUGAGGUUCGAGAAAUGCAGCAAACAUAGUGUACAUCUUGACCCUUUCACCUCCUCAACGGCAAGGACAGCCUGUCUUCUUCAUGACUAGAAAUUUGUGAAUGUGUUCGAUACGAGGGACUGCUGUUUUCAAAGUUUUAAUGAGAAUGUUGCUCAUAUUUCUCAUAAGGAUACGAGUUACAAGUUGUAGUCCAAAGGAGUGGCAUUUACCAUGGCUUGAUGAGGGAGCUACAUCUACUUAGGAAAGGGAAGUGAGCAACAAAAUGAGGAGUAAGACCCUCUAAAUCAAUUCUGCCUUAAAAGUUUUAUAGUACACACCAUAGUGAUACAGACACAUAUGCACGCAAAGAGUUUGAAGUAAUGCUAUGACUUGCAUAGCCGUAGUUUUCCCCAUCCUUUGUUACUUUUUGGUGGACUUCUCAUUUUGGUUGAAUCCUCUGGAGACAAUGUCGAAUCAUGUUGUAGUUGUACCAUUUAAAACAAUGUUUAUGUUGCAAAAAUGCCUCAUCAGCUGCAUUAUGCAGACAUGGGCUGCUGACAUGUGCAUGGGAAGUGGUCAAACUGAAUAUGCCAUGUCUUACCAAAUCUUUAGGAAGUUAGUAGUGGGUUAGUGGUGUUUGUUUUUUGGCUUGCUAAUAGGAAGAUCAUGCCUAGUAAUUUGGAGUCAUUUAGUUUUCUGUUAAAACUCUUUUGUAUUUAAGGAAGAUGAAUUGAAUGAAGUAGUAGUACAACUUUUUCAGUUUUACAUUCUCAUUGUUCCUUCUUAAGACAUUUUUUAUGCUUUAUCUCUAUAAAAAUUCAACAAAAUUGGUAUUAGAGCUUAUUUCUUGAGGGAUCUGAGUAUCAUUAAUCAAAUGGUGGCAGAUAAAGCAUUCUCAGUUGAACCACCGGUCUUUGAUGGUGACAACUAUCAAGCCUGGGCUAUUAGAAUUGAAGUUCAUUUGGAUGCUUCGGAUUUCUAGGAAGCAGUUGAAGAUGACUACGAAGUUCCUGCAUUACCUAUUGUGACGCCCCGGCCCCACUACCGGGUGCCACCAUACCAUACAUUACAACCUAGGCCCCCUCCAAAGGACGACUAUACCCCUGCCAAUAUAAAGUAUUAAAAUAAUAUGGGCGCCCUGGGAGGGGUCCAAGCUUCGCCGCCUUCGACUGGUCGGGAACUUGGGAGUAAAAUGCAUAGGCAACGAAAACUCACCCGAAUCUCGUGCCUGAUUAGGCCCUUGGAGAAUGAUUUCAAUUUUAAAUAAGCAAAUACCAACAUGCACAAUAAACUAUUCCAACCAUCAAACAUAUUUAAACAUAUCUCAGAUUCCGGUCGUAGCCGACCGGUACAAGUUUCCUACACCUAUUGGGUUUAUUCAUAUAUUAACACACAGUAGAUAUAUUACAUUAUUAACAUUUGGGGUUAACCCACACCUUCACGGUUAACAAUCACUACCAAUUGGCGGCUCAUCUAUCAGCAUCGCCUUUCCCUUCUCGGAUCCCGAGCCACCUGUUGGGUUAGUGGAAAAAAUAUAGGAGUGAGUCCGAAGACUCAGUAAGGGCAAUAUGAGUUUCAGUAAAUUAAAAUGCAUAACAAUUAUAGAAUAAUGUGAAGUGUAUCAUGCAUGCAGACCUGUCUACCUCACCCUGAUCUGGAUUUUGGUGGCCCCACUGAUUUCAUUUAGGACCCCAUCUCGAGACUCACACGGCCCAAAUCUACAGCCCCAUGCCUAGACACUUCUCCCACAGUCUAAUACAAGCCAUGCUAAAAUAAAUUUACUCGCAAAUCAUAAUAAACCUUACCGCGCGCUAACCACUUGCUUCGCGUCGGUUUUACGUUCCAAUUUCCUAUACAAUUAUAAAAUAAAAUAAUUUAAUUAAAUACACAGUUAAUUUUAAUUAUUACCGUUACAUUGCUAAAUAAUAUAGCUAAACAUGUGAUUAAUCUUUAAUUAACACUAUUAAAUAAAUUUAAAAUAUUUUUAUACCUCGCUUAUAUCCUCAGGCAGAGUUUCUGCGUGUUAAAAAUUACAGCGUUACAGCAGUGAAAUCACUACUAUUUAUAGGCGAGGAAGGGAGGAAAUUCGGCUGAGGGGGUGAAGAAUUUGGGCUACAAGGAGCCCCCAAAUGCAGCCACGUGGUAGCAAGAGAGUUGGUAAGGGUGGCUGGCCAAGAGAAGGCCACGGCCGCGCCACAUGGUGCGGCCUGGGCGUGACCUGAGGUGCGCUUGGCCGCGCGCGCCCGCAUGCAUGGGCGCCAGCUGGCGCCUCCAAACGGCGCCGUUUGGCACCUAGAAUUAAUUCCAGCCAAAAAAUCACCCAAGCCAAUUCGAUCCCGCGCCUGCCUAGUAGACAUGGCCAAAAUUGAACCGGACCGGCGGUUCGAACCGGAACCGGACCGGCCGGAACCGGACCCGGAACCGGCCGAACCGGAACCGGACCGAACCGGCGAAAUUCGGUCCGGUUCCGGUUUAAGGUUCCGGAGAACCGGAACCGCCGGUUCCGGAGAACCGGAACCGCUGAACCGGAACCGCCGGUUC